GGAGCCGAGCCACGUCCCGUCAGAGCAGGAGCCUCCUCUCAGCCGGCCAGGCGAUGCUGGCCUCCCUCGCCCUCCUCGUGGGGCUGCCGCUCGCCCUCGCCGCUGAGCACCCCAGCUGCGCCCCGCUCGUCCCGGUCACCUUCGACAAUACCACCAUCCCUGGGCUCCUGGGAAAAUGGUUCUACAUCACCGGCGCCUCCAAGUACCCGCCUCACAUAGCAGAGCUGAAGGUGGUGAAAUACGCAGUUUUUUCCUUCUUUCCUGGCAGCCACAAGGACGAGCUCAAUGUCACCGAAACCACGAGAGUGAACGAGACAUGCGUGGUGAGGAACACCAGCAAGAUCCAGGUCUUCUGGCACAACUCCACCCUGGUGCACGUCGAUGACCAGGUGGUUUCCACGGCUGAACUGAUCCAAAGCGACAAGGACCUGCUGAUCCUGAAGCACUUCAACGCCAACUUCCUGGGUCUGAGCCUCUCGGCACGGACACCCAAUGUGAGCAAGGAGCACUUGGAGGAGUUCAAUGCCCACCUGCGCUGCCUGGGCUUCACCGAGGAGGAGGUGUUCUUCACUUCCGAAAAGGACGCCUGUCCCCUGCCUUGGGAGAAGACAGGAGAAGGCGAUGAGGAACCGCAGCUGGGGUAACCCCCGUGGGCUGGGUUGGCCACUCCAUCCUCAUCCUCCUCCAGCCCCUCCACAAGGGCACGCCUGCCUGCCGGCGCCGGCCAGGCUCAGCUCAACCUCAGGACUUUCUAUCAAUGUUUCGUUUUUUCCUCCUGGAUGAAACACCCAGUUUUCCUGUUCUCGUCCGGACCCGAAAUAAACCUCUGUGUUACAGCCA